AUGUCGGACAACAGCGAAAUCUCAUCCACCUUUUCACCUUGGUCCAACUUGAACUAUCCUUCAAAUACACAAUCUACUGGCGAAUCAGAAACGACACUAGAACAAGAGCAAUCUUAUAAUGAACAUCUUGUUCGAAAAUACAACACACAAGUCAAAAACGAUUCCAAUCCGAAGACAAUAGCUGCAUCUUUCGCCACCACCACAAACUAUGCAAUACACUCGUCACAAAUGAAGUCACCAGUUACAUGGGGUAUGGCUAACGCUUCUAUCAAUGCACAACCAAGUCAACAAGCUUCUCAUCAACCAUUUACUCAUGAUGGUAAUAUUCCUCGCAGUGAGAUGGAUAAAAAUAAGAAAGAUAACGAUGAUGACGAACAAUCAUCAUCCACGGAGCAAAGGAGCAAUGAAUCUGCAAAUCAAAUAAAUGAUCCGUCACAAGUUCCUUCACAAGACAAGAUCAAUAAUGUUAAAACUCUCAAAAGAAGUUCGCCUGAAAAUUCGAGCAGGGAACGGGAAAUAUUACAGGAUAAUACUGAAGCCAUGAAAACUGAUAUCGAACAAAAUUCUUCUGACGAAAAGAAUCAGGGAACGAUAACGAAAAAACUAAAAGAGGCAUGUCAAUAUGUUGGUGAUAUGGUCUCGGAGUCAAUAUAUCAAUUUUACAGUGAUAUUGUCCCGGAGCAAGUGUUUAACAAACUAACGGAUCCAUUGUUAAAUCAACAACCCAAACAAUCAUUUCAUUCCGUCGCGUUGUUUAUCUUUUUCAAUGUUGACUAUACACACAUUCUACCAGCUAAGGAAGAAUUCACCCGAUAUGGACUCACCUACUUAAUCGAGAUUUUCAAGUGCGGAACGCAUAAUCAAACCACAAACGCCAUCAACACCGCCAAAGAACUCACACUUGAUUGCGCGAUCAAUUGUUGGCGUAAUAAGAAAAACUUUACGCUCUUCAUUGCGACAGAUACGCAAGGAUACAUUGUUUCUGAAUUUAUUAAAAGCAUUCGCAAGAUCUGUGAUAGGGAGACUCUUCACGCAAUUGUCAUACGCCCAGAUGCAUCUCGUUUUUGGGUACGUGAUCUUGAUCGUGCUGGGGCAACGUAUGUGGUUUGUAACAAAAGUAAACACGUAGCUAUUGAAAUGAUGAAAUUUUUGGAAGCUUAUGAGAAAAAGGGAAGAGGCGGGCAGAAAGUGGAUUUUUAUAAUAAGGAUGAACCUUAUUAUGAAUUUACAAAUUUUUAUCGAGCUAAAGUGAACAUUGAUAAGCAUAGUUGGCCUACCACCGAGCACUAUUUCCAAGCGCAAAAGUUCGAAAACUUAUCUAUACAAAAAAAAAUUCGAAAUGCUUAUACAGCCCGUGAGGCAUUUUCAAUUGCUCGUGAUAAGAAUGACGAGAAAAGAACAAACUGGGAAUCGCCUACUUCUCCGGAUGGCAUCAUCUUCAAAGAAAAAGUGAUGGAACAUGCACAAAUGUGUAAAUACACUCAAUAUCCACAGUUGAAAUAUAAGCUGCUAUCAACAGCCACUGCUGAUUUAUACGAACACACCUCGAACGAUAAUUACUGGGGAGACGGGGGCAAUGAUCGAAGAGGACAGAAUCGCUUGGGCUGCAUUCUGACAAACGUUAGGUCAACGUUGAUGAAUCAGGAAAUUAAUAAGCUCGCUAUUAAGCAUAAAUGUUCGGCGCAGCAAACGUGGAUUGUGCCGCAGUUGCUGAAGAGAAUAAAUGAAUGGGAUCGGUCUCAGCCUACAAGCAAUAAGAUUUAA